AGUGGUUGUUUUUGGAGUCUGCGCGGUGGAGAUGUUAUAAACUGAAGAGAAGAGUUUCUUACACUGUUGUUCUGUCCAUGAAAGAAGCUGUAAAACCGUACCCACCGUCACAAUGUGGAAACCCGCCGCCGGCGGAUCAAAAGGCAACUUCAGCUCAGCAGCUGCCGCCGCGGUCACCUGUCUGCUCGUGACCGGGAUGCUGGUCGUUACUGUCGGACAACCGAGCAGCGGAGACCCGGCGGAGCCUCUAGUUGCUGCAGCGACGAGCGGAAAUGUUUAUUCGACGUAUUUCAAGAAACUCACCCGGGAGAGGCGAGCGAUAAUAAGCGACCCUCCGCGGAAAAGCGCUCCCCCCGGGCCGGUGGAGCAUCUCUCCCCGGCCGACCUGUUCAUAGCGGUGAAGACCACCGGGAGAUAUCACCGACAGAGACUGCAGCUCCUGCUCGACACCUGGAUCUCCAGAAACAUGCAACAGACGUUCGUGUUCACUGAUGGAGAGGACGAGGGGCUGAGGAAAAGCAUGGGAGCUCACAUGAUCAACACCAACUGUUCCGCGGCCCACAAUCGUCAGGCCCUCUCCUGUAAGAUGGCUCUGGAAUAUGACACUUUCAUUAACUCUGGCAAGAAGUGGUUCUGUCACGUCGAUGAUGAUAACUACCUGAACGUCGGCUCCCUCCUAAAGCUCUUGUCUCAGUACAGUCACACGCAGGACGUUUACAUCGGCCGGCCCAGCCUCGAGCGACCAAUAGAGGCCACGGAGAGGCUCGGCACCACUGAAAUGAAGCAGGUGACUUUCUGGUUCGCCACAGGAGGAGCGGGAUUCUGCCUGAGCCGCGGCCUCGCUCUCAAGAUGAAACCCUGGGCGAGUGAUGGCACCUUCAUGGCGACAGCCGAGCACAUUCGCCUCCCGGACGACUGCACCGUCGGUUACAUCGUGGAGGCGCUGCUUGGCGUGAGCCUCAUCCGCUCGCCAUUGUUCCACUCCCACCUGGAGAACCUGGGGCUAGUGUCAGACAUACACAACCAGGUGACUCUCAGCUACGGCACAGUGGAAAACAGCAGAAACACCGUCAGCCUGAAAGGACCAUUUUCAAAAAAUGAAGAUCCUACGAGGUUCAGGUCGGUCCAUUGUCUGCUGUACCCAGACACUGCUUGGUGCCCCAGGGCCUGGCGACUUUAACACCGACAGACCGGUGGAGGAGGAGAAUGAGUAAAUGUCUGGCUUAACUCAAUUUUCUCUGAUGGAGGAGGAAAUCACUGCAGACGUCCAGGAAUAGAGAGAGGGAGUCUCACCGCUGCCCUCCUCUGACUCACCAGUGCUGAAGAAUCUCUGAAACAUUUGGACAUGUUUUUCUCGCGCCCAACAGCAGAGUAGUAGGCUGACUUUUUAUGAGGGACUACAGUUCUAUUAGUUUAGACACCUGAAUUCUGGCCCGGUGAAAUGUUGUUGGGAAGAGAAGAAGACUUAAGGUCAAUAUUCUUGGAUGGCAUCUUUGCUGUUUUUUAGAUCCUGAGGGUGGCACGAUCCUGAAGAAAAGCUCUGUAGUUACCUAAAUCCAAAGGAUUUAUCCUCUGUGUGUCUCAGCAGAGCCUCAUCUGUCCUCUUGUGCACCUUCUCACGCUCCGUUUUCAGCUUUUGUUUGUUAGCUUCAGCUGUACUCCGGCUCAGCUGUGCAUUGAGCUUAUCGCCAUUAUAAUAUGUAACCUUUAAUAUUUAGGCUUAGAGGGUGAUUUUUGGUCUAUUGGAGCUUGUUUCUUUAUUUUUUAGUCAUCAUUUGAUCAGUUAUGAUAACAUUGUGCUCACCAAAGUAUCUGUUGAGGUCUAGACAUAGCUACAACAACGUCGGAAGGGGCAAGAAGCAUGAGCAGACAAUAGUCAGACAAUCAGAUAGUUCAUGAAAUUGUCUUUUUUAACACUUUGCGUAGGUUUUUCUUGGGAUUAAACAAACAAGACUUAACGUGUUAAAGGUCCCAUGGCAUGAAAAUGUCACU